AUGCCUGACAAAGCAGCGUCAAAGUCUGCUGCUGCCUCGCCUUCUGAGGCGCCGACUCGGAUCUACAUUGAUAAUUCCAACAGCACAGAACUCAAGCUGACAUGCGACGAGGCAGUUGAGCGGGUGAGUGGUGCUGCUAUACUUUAUUCCUUGGACCCUCAUACUGAGCACAGCAGCCGUCUUCCUUCUCCACCGCAACUUGUAGAUCUUGACAUCCAACAGUAGCAAUCCUUGGAGAGCAUCUCACCUUUUGGUCGAUAUCAGAUUGGUUUUGGGCUUCAUCGCUUCGAUUGAGAUGAUUGGCGUCUCUGCAUGGGCUUGGAAGAUCGUACCAGAGUGGAACGAGAACAAGGGCUUGACAGCUGUUGCUGUUGGUGUGUGAGUCCAUCUGCGCGCUUUACGUCAUGGUUGUAUGCGCUCUUCAGCAGCCGACUUAUACCGAGCUACCCCCUCAUCACUUGCUCGAACGCGCGACACAUCAGCUACAUGGUACUGUCAGGCAUACAGACCGCUUUGGCCUACCUCGAAGGCGACACGAUCUUCCGAGGCGCACAAAGCUCUGCCGACGCUUCUUCAUCGGCGACCUCGUCGACGCAAAAGAAACUUCGGAUCUCGUCUGGCGCUCUGCCCAAAGCGCAAACCGACAAAGAAGCUUCGAAGGAGGAUGGUAAGAAGUGGACCACUCCGCCAGUCUACGAGCUCGAGCUGGAAUGGAGUGGAGGAAAGGUACGAAAGAGCGGGAAGGAGAAGAUCAAUCUUGGACAUAUGGGUGAGUCUCGUGAGGCGCGGUAACGGCGUCGCCGCCAGAAUCUGCGGUACACCAUGGAUCGGAAGGAGCGAACAACUGACCUGAUGCUGCAACUCUUCCUGUUCUCUCUUGGGAAAAAAACCUCCCCAAAUCAGGCGAAUGGUUCACGCAGGAAGGAGAAUUUGUUGAGGACAUCUUUUCGAAGAAGCUGCUGGCUGCCAUCGACUCUGUCUUGGCGUGA